CGCCGACAAAGCAAAAAGCUAACAAAUAAAGCGGCCGCCGAGUGAGUGAGAGUGAGACGGCGAGGUGGAGAGAUGGAAGGAGCACGAGGCGUGGAACGGAAGAACGGACAGACAGCGAUCGCGCGCGCGACACCGAGAUGGCGCGGGCCCCGCCCCCCGCCCCCCGGCAACAAGAUCCCCCCUCCCACCCCCGCACGCCCGCCCGCCACUCCACUCUCCACUCCACUCCACUCCACCAUCGAAUCGAAUCACGCGCGCCAUUGCCAUUGCCAUCGCCAUCGCCAUUGCGUUCUGCUCUGUUUCUGCGCCAUGCGCGACAUGGAGAUGAGGUGGGCGGCGCCGGCGCCGGCGGCGAGGGGGAGGGGGAGGGCGAGGCGGCGGGCGCCUGACCAGCCGUCGUUCUCGUCGACGCUGCUCGACGCCAUCUGCGACUCCAUGGACGAGGGCGGCGAGGACGGCCGGACAAGAAACGCGGCGAGUGCGGCGGCCAAGAAGAGGCAGGAGGCGGCGAACAGCUACCACUACUACUACUGCUACAAGCCGUCGCUGGCCGCCAGCUACAGGGCGGCGCCGGCGCUGGGUUCCACGGCGGAUUGCCCCGGGAGGGGCUACUUCUCGUCGUCCGAGGUGGAGUACUCGCUUCGCCGGCUCCGCCCCAUCCGCACCUCCGCCGCCGGUGGCGCGGGAGACGGCGCGGCGGUCGCGCGGAAGCAGCGGCAUGAGCAGCCGGAUGUGGAGAAGACGGCGAAGACGAAGCCGGGCUCCGCCUCGGCCCGCGCGUGCCGCAGGCCGGCGUCGCCCGGCGCGCGGCUCGCCAGCUUGCUCAACUCCAUCUUCUCCGGCAAGCGUCCAUCCGCGCAGCGCCCGGCGUGUUCGCCGGACUACCCGGAGCCCGCGUGCUCGACGGCGCCACCGUCGUCGUCGUCGUCGUACGCGCGCCGCCCCUGCCACGCCAAGACGCCGCGCACCCCCCCCACCACCACCACCACGGCGAGGGCGCGGCCGAGCCGGAGCAGGACCGUCCGGUUCCUGGACAUCGACGGCAAGGUCGCGGUGGCCGCGGCCGUCGCCGGCUGCCGCCGAAUUCCGGUCAUGGAGGUGGAGGCCGACACCGACGACGGAGGUGAGGAGAGCAGCGACGCGAGCUCGGACCUGUUCGAGCUCGACAGCCUCGCGGCCAUUGCUCCGGCGGGUGGUCGCGACGGCUCCUACGGGGACGAGCUGCCGGUGUACGGGACCACCGGAGUUGGGAUCCGCCGCGACAUUGGCCGCCGCCGUCCGUACGGCCAUGCUCCUUGUCGGAGCUGGAGUAGGGCUGUCUAGUAAUUUGGUAGAAGCUGAGGGGGCUCACUGUAAAAAUAGUCCGAUAGUAAUAGUACUAUGGUGUUCCUUUUCAUUCCCUUUUCCAAGGUUUUGAGGAGGUGUGUACAUGUAAUUGUAGCUAUAUAAUUGGUACUUUGUACUCUGUGUUAACACAAUCAAUUUGUAGGUCUUUUUA